AUGAGUGACCUUUCUGCUUCCAUCUCUGAUUUUCGAAAGCGUCUUAAGUCUAGCGGUACCACUGUGAGUAAAAAGCCAGAACCCGAUAACUCAUCGUCCUCAUCGCUCAAUACAAGCACAGCAAGUCAUAAACGUACCAAUGAGCUAAUAAAAGAAGAAACCGGCACGUCGCCCUCGAAGUCCACAAUCUCUCCGUUAAAGCGUGCUAGGUUAGAACUUGAAAAAAGAAUUGAGGCAGAGAAUUUUGCAGCACAAUAUGAUUUAUCUAGUCUGCAUUUGUCCACCAAUCUACAUUUAGCAGUAGAAGUGGUUAAAGGGGCGGGAAAGCCAAUCACUUUGGAGGCUUUGAAGAAAGAACUCAAGACCAAUGAUAUCUCCAAACUAUUAAUGGCCCUUCAAAACACCGAUCGGAUCAAAUAUAAUGCUGAUAAACAUACUUUAGAGUACGUCUCCACUCAUAAUAUCAAAUCACCUUCAGCAUUAUUGGAGUUUUUAAAUUCUCAAGUGAUUUUUAAAGGUAUUACAGUGAAAGAAUUGAAAGAUGGCUGGCCAAAUUGUAAUGCUGCGUUGAAUGAUUUAGAAAAGAAAAAUAAAAUUUUGGUGCUUCGAGCUAAAAAGGAUAACACCCCGAAAUACGUAUGGAUAAAUUAUCGUGAGUUGGCAUUGAGAGCCAUUGAUACUGAAUUCGUGCAGAUGUGGAAUAAGGUAAAACUACCUUCUGUCAAUGAAUUACCUUUGAAAUUAAAUGAAAGAGGUAUCAAACCUACUAGUGUCGACCCAAGUUCUUUGAAAAGAGGUAACAACGCUAGAUUGAAAAAGAGACAAAAGAAACCAAGAAAGGGAAGAAUUACAAACACUCAUAUGAUUGGCAAAUUGAGAGACUAUUCAUAG